AUGCUGGCAACACUUGCAAUGAGCGGUCAGGACUGCGGACGACGUGCGGCGGAGGACAUUGCAAAAGUAGCGAAGGCAGCUUUUGAGACGUCGCAGCUCAUUCCAUCUUCGGAGAGAGUAAAAGUACUCUAUGAGCUCCGGCAAGAGCUCGAGGCGGCGAAGGACAAGAUACUCGCUGCCAACAAGACUGAUCUGGAGGCAGCUCAAGCGGAGGUCGAUGCAGGACGAAUGUCUGACUCUCUACUCAAACGUCUGGAUCUUGGGAAGGGAGACAAGUGGGACUCCAUGCUGCAGGGCGUAGUUGAUGUCGCAGAAUUACCGGACCCAACAGGCAUCGUGUCGUAUGCAUCGGAGCUCGAUGAUAACCUCGAACUCUACCGCGUCUCGUGCCCGAUUGGUGUAUUGCUAGUCAUCUUUGAGGCACGGCCAGAAGUCGUGGUGAAUAUUGCUGCGUUAGCAAUAAAAUCAGGCAACGCGGCCAUACUAAAAGGUGGCAAGGAGUCGAAUGAAACAACACAACUACUAUCCGAAGCUAUUCAAACCGCUCUAUCGAGAACUGCUAUCCCAAGCACAUACAUUCAGGCUAUCCAAACACGAGCUGAGGUCUCUGCAUUACUCAAGUUGGACCAAUACAUCGACCUUGUAAUCCCUCGCGGCAGCAACAGCCUCGUUCGAAAUAUUCAGAACAGUACAAGAAUACCAGUCAUGGGCCACGCCGAUGGGUUAUGUUCUGUUUAUUUGGACCAGUCCGCUGAUCUUGAAAAAGCCGUACGGGUCGUCCUGGAUUCAAAGACUGACUACCCCGCAGCAUGCAACGCUGCUGAGACUUUGAUCGUCCAUGAAAGUGUUCUCUCCACCGUUUGGCCUGCUGUCGCCAACGCCCUCCUUGCCGCCGACGUCCAGCUGCUCUGCGACCCCCCGAGUCUUUCGGUACUGAACUCUCCGACUCCAGCUCCACCGAAUUUUGCAUCAAAUAUUCAUCCUUCCACGCCAUCCUCAUACACUACCGAGCACCUGAAUCUGACACUCUCCGUCGUCACCUUACCGUCGCUCGUAGCUGCCAUCAGCUUCAUCAACGCGCACUCAUCACACCAUACGGACUGUAUCGUGACAGAAGACGAGGUUUCCGCGUCGACAUUCUGCCGCGGCGUCGAUUCGGCGGGCACGUUCGUGAAUGCGAGCACCCGCUUUGCUGACGGAUUCCGCUAUGGCUUUGGCACGGAGGUCGGGAUCAGCACAGGGCGCAUCCACGCGCGCGGGCCUGUUGGGCUCGAAGGGCUCGUUACCUACAAGUACGUGCUCAAGAGCAAAGGAGAGAAGGGACACGUAGUAGGUGAAUUCGGCUCGGGCGAGGGAAAGAAAAAAUAUAAGCAUAGGAAGAUUGACGCUACUUCGGCGCCAUUCUAG